GUGAAAUGUGUUAAAUUUUUCAGGAUCUGGAGUUUGAAACGGCAAUGCAUCUAGAAAGAGAACAGAGAGUCCGUCAGCUGGAGACCGACAUAAUAGAUAUAAAUGAAGUUAUGCGUGAUCUCUCGUCUAUGGUUACUGCACAAGGCGAGAUUGUAGAUUCCAUAGAUAACGUGGAAUGUGCUCAUGGACAUGUUGAAGAGGGCCGAGAGGAACUGUUAAAAGCUCAACAGUACCAGAGCAAGAGUCGACGUCGUAUAUGCUUCUGCAUCAUGCUCCUCCUUGUUGUGCUGACUAUUAUUGGCAUUAUUAUUGGCCUUCACUUCACCUCUCAAAAGUAGGGAGCUCAUUUAAAGUAGGUGUGUAAUGUGUGUGUGAGAAUUUUGUUUACAUUUCCUAAUAAAUAGUGGAAUCUUAGUUUUGUUGAAUAUAUUAGUAAUAUGCAUUCCAUUAUUUGACAAGUUCUCAGUUGACACACAUCUGUGAAGGCCACUAUUGCUGAUUGAAUGUCCAAAGAUAGUAUAUUUUAAAUAAUCUCUAGUCACAAUCCAUGAAACUAGUGAUUGGUAUUCAUGCUGAUAAGGAUAACUUAUUUCAGUGAAUAAAAAUAAUCACUCUGAUGUAACAGUUGAAUGGAAUUGUUUGGCUUUAUUUUUGGUGGUCUGAAUGUAAUUUGAGUUUCAUUUAUCAUACAGUUUUUAAUUUGAAAUCAUAUGAAGGUACACAUUAUAUGGUGCUUUAUCUUCAACGAUGAUGAUUAAAGUCAUGAGUUUUGGGUAUACAGUAAUUAUGAGUAAUAUAUGUAUUUUAUACAAUGAUCCAUGUAUUAUGUGAUUGAAGUAUUCAUGUCAAUAUCAUUAGUACUGGCUACUUAAGAUCUUGUUUAAGAAACAGGUUGAGCUGAAUUUUGUUACGUCAUUAGAGUUUUCUAAUUCUUACAAAAAUCUGUUAACACUUAAUGAUGAACUUGGGCUUGUGGUCAUCAUUGAUAUUCUAUAUUUAUAUGAAAAGAUGUAUGUAGUUGUUUACAGAAAUUAGUGGUUAAAUAUUACCUUUGGGUCAGUAGGUUUCAUAAUUUUAAUAUUUUGCAUAUUUGAUUGUUAUCAAUAUAUAGAUUUUAUGAAUUGCUGAUAAGUAUUAAAAGCAGUUUCACGUGAUGUAUAUUUUAAUACAAUGAUCACCCACUUUUUCACUGGUAUUGGACUGUAUCACGGUUAACUUAGUCAAUACAGGUAUACAGGUACACUUUAAUGUUAUUUCAAGUUAAGAGUGAAUAGUGUCUGGUUUGCUUAUAAAUAUGUUAUGAAAAUACAGUACUGUAUUAAGAUAUUCAAAUUUACCGAGGUAUAUUCACGUCACAAAGUGCAUAAUAGAAAUUUAAUAUAGGGGAAGUAUGUUAAUGUUAGAAAUACCAGUGGUAAAAGUUUUGUGUCAUUUUAGGUGAUGUUUCCAGUACUUGAUUAUUUAACACUUUUAGUGAUAUUAGAAGAUUAAGGUAAAAGAUUGUAAAGUAAUUUUGGAAAGACAUAGUUGGCACUUAAAAUUUGUAGAUAUGUUUUAAGGAGUAGAAAUAGGAAACUUGAUGAUGAAUUAGUCUUAAGUUAUGUUAAAUUUGUGUACAAAUUUUUUGAUGUACCUCUAGAUAUAUAGAUUUUAUAUUUCCUUCCUUUUUAAAUGUAUAUACAGAGGGGCCUCGACUUACGAUGGUAAUCCGUUCCCAGAGACGGAUCGUAAGUAGAAAUAUCGUAAGUCGAAGCGCUUUUUCCCAUAAGAAAUAAAGGGAAUUGAAUUAAUCCGUUCCCCCCCCUCCAA